AUGUCGAUGUGGUUGACAGAUACCCAAAAAAUUGGAGUUGUCUUUUGCUCCGGCGGAUUUGCUAACUUUCUUUCCAGGCUUGCCAUGGGAAACAUUCUCUUCCUUAUCGGCCUGACGAUCAUUAUUGGACCUCAAAAGACUCUUCUCUUCUUUGCUCGGAAACAGAAAGCAAAGGGCACGGCGGCGUUCUUCCUCGGGUUGAUACUUAUCUUCAUGAAGUGGACCUUUAUCGGGUUCCUCGUGGAAGCGUACGGUAUAGUCGUGUUGUUUGGAGAUUUCCUAGGGACGAUCGCCGGCUUCGCGCAAGGUUUGCCUGUUGUGGGACCCUAUAUCGGAAUGAUUGUCGACAGAAUAGGUCUUGGCAGACGAAACGCCGAGCUCCCUGUUUAG